AUGCGCACCCGCACGCCCGCGCGUGAACAGCGCAGGCCCCGCGUGCAGCAGUGCAAAGUCAGUCGAAGAAGAGAGCGGCGGAGCACCUUCCAGUCUCCAGCGUUCCUGCUGAAGCAAGACGUCAGUGCGUCGCCAAAGGAACUACUCCAACUGAUAGAAGAGAAGAUCCAGUUCCUGCUGUUCACUGAGGAGCAACAGGCCAUUCCGCUGAGCUUUGCCGUCCUCAGUGAAGGACUGACCUUUCACCUCCUGCAGCUGCAAAGGAAGACUGAGGAGGAACUCAGCAGUAUUCAUACACAACUUUUGCAGAUUACGGGUCGGCGCCAGCGUGUGACCGUUGAACUGUUACGCCUUGAGAAAAAGAAAGAAAGAAUCGAAGAAGAACUUGUCAGACGCACCAGCCUGCAGGAAUCAGCUGUCCAACUCUGUGCUUUUCGUGGGCUUCAGACCUGCAUCACAAACCUUUUGGAUCAGUCUCAGCAGCUGCUCUUCCAGGAGAAAGCUGUGAGCGAGCUCAGUAACCUACUGACCCAGGACCUGCAGCAGUACCAGGAAGCAACACAGGCACUGACCGAGCUCCUCAGCAGGACACAAGCAAGAGAAGACGUCCACACCUGCCCCAGGGCCCCCGGCAUGCAGGGAAAAAACCAGACCGAACAGGGAAACACAAUGGAAUCUGAAAGUGAUUCAAACAAGCAGCCGGACAGCCUGUCUGAGGAGGAGCCCCUCACUUCGAGAGUGAUCCCCGCACAGAACCCAAAGUAUCAGCUGUUUCUCAACAACGACCUGAAGACAAACGGCCUGAGUGCCAAAGAUGCAGAUGGUCCAGGUGGCGGUGGGUCUCAGGGGGAGAGCAACUCCAGGCUGUCUCGGUGGGAGACCACCCGGCCGGGAGUGAACCACUACAGAGGGUCCUUGGAGUCCCUGGCCUCGCGGGACUAUGACACCAUGUCAGACAGAAUCGGCGUCGACAGUCCUCCACGUGUGUUCAACAGUCCGUACGCGACCACUGCAUCCAUGGAGUACAACCCCAUGCACCGCAUGUCUGACUUCAAGGUUCAGGGCGGUCUUUCUCCUGCCACCUCUGAGAUGAACCUUCUUAGCUACACCAACCGCAGCCCCAGUCCGGUGCCGCUGAGCACGUCCUCCACCCUCAUCUCCAACAGACCCAGGUUCUCAGCCUACGACACACUGUUAAAGAGAAGAACCGACACCAACCACUCUUUGCCGCAGGUGGCGCCGGUCCACUACAGCAUGCGCUCCAACACUAUGGGGGGACCCAAUAGGAAAGAUUUCAUUGAAGAACUCACCAAACAGCUGGACGCCUGCCAGAAGAGGAACCAGUUUCUGGAGGCGGAGAGUGUGGAGAUGGAGAAGGAGCGAAACCAAAUCCGGUUCGAGAUGCGCGGCCUGCUGGUGAACAACGAGGAUCUGCUGAGGACCAACGCUCAGAUGAAUAAUGAGAUGAAGAGGAUGAGGGAGCAGAUGAUCGAGAUCGACCGAGAGAAACAGACGCUGGGAGAGCGCGUCCGGGAGAUGGAGAUUGAAGUGAAGCAGGCCCGGGACAUGAUGGUGGAGGCCAACACGCAGGAGUACGCCUUCAACUUCCUCCAGCAGUCCCUGAAAAACCAGAUACAAGACGCUGAGGAAAACCUGGAGAAGCAGACGCAGCACGCGCAGACUCUCUCAGAGAAGCUGUGGCUGGCUGAGCGGCGGCUGGAGGAGCUGGAAGUGGACAAAGACACGAGAGACAAGAGGUCGUCUGACCUCAACAACACCGUCUUCAGACUGGAGACUGAGCUGGCCGAGGCUCUGCAAAUGUCGACGCAGAACUCAGCUGAGGUCAACUUGCAGCAAAAACUCCGUGAGGAUGCCCAGAACAGGGUUGAGGAGCUGGAGGAGUUGAUGCUGGAGAAAGACCAGGAGCUGCAGAAACUCCAGGUCCUGGUUACCAGGCUACAAGGAGAGGUGUCCGGCAAACUGUUUGACAAGGAGCGGACCCUUGAGGAGGAGAUCCAGCUGAGAGAAAGGCUCCAGCUGCAGUGUAAGCAGGCUGAGAGGACCGUGGAUGACCUGCAGAUGGAACUGCACGCCACCAACCAAGCCAAAGAUGACAUCACCAAGCAGCUGAAGAUGGCUCAGGAGAAGCUGAUUGACCUGGAGACGGACGUGGAGGAGCUCCAUGACAGUGAGCAGAGGUGGGCCGCCAAGCACAAGAGGGCGCUGGAGCAGACAGAGCAGCUGCAGCUGAAGCUGAUCCAACAGAAAGAUCUGAACGAACAGCUGGAGAGUGACAAGGCCUUCACGGAGAGACAGUUGCGUGAGCUGCGUUUGGAGGUGGAGGAGCUUCAGAGCUCCAAAGUUCCAGACGACCUCAUCUCCAGGGCAGAGAGCAAAGUUAAAGAGCUGGAGAACACGCUGAGGAACGAGGAGAGGAACAAAGUUGUUCUCACGAACACCAUCAGUAAACUGGAGAGGAGGAUCAACGAGCUCAGUGAUCAGAUGGAGGAGGAGCACAGAAUAGCAAGCGAACAGCAAGACCUGAUGACCCAGAGGAUCCGCUCUCUGAAGCGGCAGCUGAACGAGUCAGAGGAGGAGGCCAGCAGGAAGGACACGCAGUACCGACACACGCAGAGAGAGCUGGCUGAGGAGAGGGAGACCAACGCUCGGCUGCAGAGGCAGCUCUUGGACCAACACCUGCAGACCAAGCGUAAAGACACAAUGACCAUCCGCCAGACUCUGGACAACCUGCGUCUGGACCUCAGCGUGGACGACGAGGAUGAGGAUGAGGUGAAGGAUCAGCAGCCCACAGGAGAAGUCACCACUGUCUAACUGGUCCCCACCUCUGACCCGGUGAGAAUAGGUGGAACCUAAGGGUUGGAGGUUUUUUAUCGUGAGAGGAAAUAUGUUAUAGUUUUAGACGUCCUUUGUCAAUCACAUGUAAAGUUCAUGAUUCCUUGUCUUCCGUGCUCCCUGGGCUCCACUAGGAUUUCACCCUCCUCUGUCUGCAGUAUUUGUUUCCGCCUCGGCCAAAAUCCGCUAAAAUGAGAGAAGAUGUCUUGUGUUUCUGACAAUUAUUUAUAUUCUCUUCACGAAGAUCACUGCAUUUAUUGUGUUGGCUUGUGGGGCACAGCGUGAUUUCAGUUGUGAUUGAAGUGGUUGGCUGCUGGAUGUCUGCACCAGAUGAUGAGUUCUGUAAAGCAACGUUGAAAGCGGUUGGUGUUGUUUUUAGUCGACCAGAAAAGGCCCGGCCUCAAUCAACAUCUGGAGCUUUUUCACAUUUUUGUAGAUUAUUUUGAAGGAAAGUGAUUCUUCAGUUUACACCUAUUUAAAUUGUAACUGUGCAUUUUGUUAUUUUCCUCCUCACAUCCUUCUGUCCAAGGAUCACAUCCUCCUCUUCUGGUGAUCAUGUCGUUCCUGGGUAUUUAUUUGUGUUUUCACUGGUGAGAAGUCUUUGCCUAAUAAAUUCUUCUCUCAA